AUGUGGGUAGACCCAGACACUCCAACAGAACACUACACGUGGGUGACAUCACGGGGUGAAACGUGGAAUCUUGUCAUGAGUGACGAAUUUAACAUACCUGGUAGAUCAUUUAGACCUGGAGACGAUCACAUAUGGACGUCUAUUGAAAAACCUGACGGAGUGAAUGACGCCAUGGAAGUUUACGCGCACAACAAGACAUAUACUGCUUGCGAUGAAGCCAGCAGCGUGUGCAGCUUUCAGAUCGAAUUGGAAGAUUCGAUCACAGAGCUGCAAGUCUGGAAUAGCUAUCUCGAAACGCCGAGCUUUGAAAACGUUACAUUUUUCUAUCGAGGAGGUAUGGUGCAGUCAUGGAACAAAUUUUGCUUUCAAGGCGGUAUGGUCGAGGUAAGAGCACAACUUCCUGGAGCUUUGUCGGAGACGUCCGGAAAUCCGGAUAUUCAUUUGGGUCCUAAUGCUCGUGCUCAAUCAUUGCGCUACUAUCCAACUUGGCCUGGAAUAUGGAUGCUAGGAAAUCUUGGUCGUGCCAUAUUUAGCGGUUCGACAAACAGAAUGUGGCCCUUUUCUUAUGAUGCAUGCGAACCUGAUAUACUACCACCAAACAAUCAGCGUAUCAGUGCAUGCGACCCAAAUCCAGGCUCCGGGAUGAAUCCUCACCAAGGUCGAGGAGCACCCGAGAUCGACCUUGUCGAAGGCGGUGGCACCACAAUUUCGGCAUCGAUACAAGUAGGACCUGGAAUGCCGCCUGAAUUUCGCGUAAUCCCACCAAGAGAUGAGAAUAAACUUUGCAUAUAUUCCAGUUCAUGUAAAACACCAGGUGCUAAUGUUCCGGGAAUUCCAAAUAGCGUCUACCUUAAAGCACGUGGUCAUCCAUCUUGGUACCAAAACUUGCGCUACGCCGCAAACAACUUUUGCCAGCGAAACGCCAGCGAAGUACAAAGCUACGCAACGGUGAAAGCUGCACUACGAGCUGGUGUUGAAAACAAUUUGUGCUCCGUCACCACAUGUCCAGCUUCGUUAGACAUAAAUUCCGAUCUCACGUAUAUGAAUGCUGACACUAACGAUCGUUGGGGUAUCAACUCAAACGGAACUUGUUUUUCCGCUCGAAAUUCGUAUAUGGGUGAGUUUAUCUGCAGCGCUGGCAACACCGAUCCUCGCUGCAAGCCUGUUGAAGGCGCACCAAUUCCGCCAAACAACGGGUUGACUUUUGCCUUUCAAAUGGAUGCACUUUCGGCGAACUGGCCAGUGCAUAUGGCAGUUUAUACAGAAUUCGUAGAGUACCAAGUGGAGUGGGUCUUUGGUCCUAAUGGUUAUGUUCGUUGGCUAUUAUCAGGCGAACCGCUGUAUGAGAUUUCUGCCAAAUCAAUCACAGAACCUCCACAAGGAGCUAGUGUAAGGAACCCAAGCAAGAUCAUGAUCGAAGAGCCGAUGUACAUCAUUUUUAAUGUGGCCAUGUCUAGUAAAUGGGGUGCACAGCCACCAAACCCCAAGAAUCCAUGUCGUGGAAACGGGUUGGAUCCAGUCGCGAAUGCUAUUUGUGAUGCGUUUCCAAUGCAUUUAAAAAUUGAUUAUAUUCGAGUGUAUCAAGAUAUAUCUCCUAGCUCACCUAUGAGUUUGGGAUGUAACCCGGUGACCCACCCUACAAGACAAUGGAUCAUAGAUCAUUUAGAUGAAUACGAAGAUGAGAAGAAUAAAUACGUUGAAGUGCGUGGGAAAGCAUUUUGCCGCUCGGAUAACGAUUGUACCGUCCAAACACCGCACGAUCGACGUCGCCGCUCUUAUGCCGGCCCACAAAAGAGUAGACCAGCAAUCGUGACGGGAAAAUGUGUGAACCAGCGCUGUGAGUGUACUAGUCAGCUUUGGACAGGACCACGUUGUAUUGUACCGACCGUGUCAGGUGCGAGAUCCUUCGGUCCUUCGGUUGUUAUGGCGGCAUGCAUUGGAUCGAUCUUACUUUUGCUUGGAAUCUCAUCGUUUGUUGCGCUUUACGUCGUAGGAGAAAAACUUGCAGAAGCAUUCGAAUCGGAGCGCAAGAUUAAACAGCAACAACGACAACAAUAUGGAUAUUUACGCCGUCAGUCUAGCCAUACUCUUCGAAGCGCCGAAAUUUAA